GUGCGUGUGGCCGGAGUGAUGGUGACCAUCCGAGUGAUGCUGCUGGGCAGCGAGCUGGUGGGCAAGACCUCGCUGGUGGUCUGCUUGACCACCCGCCUCUUCCCCCGCGACAGCCUGCCCACGGUCUUCGACUCCUUCAGCACCCAGCUGCGCCUGGGCGAGCGGACGGUGGUGCUGAACGUGUGGGACACGGCGUCGCAGGAGGAGCACCGCCUGUCCGUGCGCCAGUUCUACUACCCGCUGGCCGACAUCUUCCUCAUCUGCUUCUCCAUCGGCGACCCCUCCUCCUUCGAGCGGGUGUGGGCCGACUGGUACCGCGAGGUGCGCCAGCACCGGCCCGACGUUCCCGUGCUCCUGGUGGGCACCAAGAAGGACCUCCGGCAGGAACAGGCCGCCCAGGGUCAGUGCCAGGCCGCGCCCGUCUCCUACCAGCAGGGGGCCCGGCUGGCCCGCAGGAUGAGAGCCGUCAAGUAUCUGGAAUGUUCCGCCCUGCAGCGGGAGGGGGUGGGCGAGGUCUUCGAAGAGGCCGCCAGGGCCGUCUUGAGGGGGGGGCGCUCCAAACGCACCCGGGCCUGCGUGCUGACGUGACCCCCCCCCCCUCGUCCUCUCGUCUC